CCCCCCUGCACACUGUCAUGGAGUGGGGACACACUGCGGGGAUACCUGGCGGCGAGGUCCCGGGCCGGCGGGGCUGUCCGAACAGGGCCCCGGGGUCCCAGGCCCUUUAGUCGCUCUCGCACUUGCCUGAGCGGAAACCGGCGCCGCCGCAAGAUGGCGUCGGGCCUGGAGCGCAGGCAGCGCCGGGGACAGCCCCGAGUCGCCAGGCCCCGGGACCGUCGCUGUCAGCCCCCUCCGCAUGGGAACCAGGGGAGGGGGGAGCGAGCCACUGACCCAGGGGGCCUGUGGGCUGUACCACCGACCCUGCACCCGGGGGGACUCGGGGGGCCGAAGGGCUGAACCACUGAGCCCGGACGGGGCCCUUAGAGCGAACCACUCUGCGGGAAUCAUGGAAGGGAGGAGGAAAGGGUCGUACCGGCCAUUGACCACCCUGCCGGGGAUGGGAAAGGGCCCUAGACUGGGAGGCAAGGCUUCUCGGUCCCGUUUUCCCGCAGCUCCCCUUUCUGUACACGAGAAAGCCCUGCCUUGUCGGAGACUUAGUGUUUGCAUCUGCGAAAUGGGCACACGGGUGCAGCUGGGUGGGCCGUGGUUUUCGGGGCCGGGGAGGUGGCCCACCUGUACCAGCCGCCGUCACUUCUCGCAGAGUGAAGGCCCCAGACCCCGCGCUCCCCUGUCUGGCGGCCCCCUGAGCCGAUGGAGGAGAACGAGGUGGAGAGUAGUAGCGACGCGGCCCCUGGGCCUGGGCGGCCCGAGGAGCCCUCUGAGAGUGGCUUGGGUGUGGGCACCUCGGAAGCCGUGUCGGCCGACAGCAGCGACGCCGCGGCCGCCCCGGGGCCAGCGGAGGCCGACGACUCCGGCGUGGGGCAAAGCUCGGACCGCGGCAGGAGCUCUCUGGAGGAGGUAUCUGAGAGCAGCUCCAGCACGGACCCCCUGCCCCAUGGCUACCUCCCUGAUUCAUCUUCUGUGUCCCAUGGGCCAGUGGCAGGGGUGACAGGCUGCCCCCGAGCCCUGGUACACUCCAGCGCACUCCCAGACCCCAACAUGCUGGUGUCUGACUGCACGGCUUCCUCCUCGGACCUGGGCUCGGCCAUCGACAAGAUCAUCGAGUCCACCAUCGGGCCCGACCUCAUCCAGAGCUGCAUCACCGUGACCAGUGCAGAGGAUGGUGGGGCCGAGACCACACGGUACCUGAUCCUGCAGGGACCGGACGAUGGUGCCCCCAUGGCUUCACCAAUGUGCAGUUCCACCCUGGCCCGCAGCCUGGCAGCCAUCGAGGCCCUGGCUGACGGCCCCACGUCCACAUCCACGUGCCUAGAGCCGCCUGAGGAGGCGCGGGGUGGGCCCAGCUCCCCAGCGCAGCUGCCCCCGGGUUCUGGUGCUGAGGAGCCAGACCUGCAGAGCCUGGAGGCCAUGAUGGAAGUGGUGGUGGUGCAGCAGUUCAAAUGCAAGAUGUGCCAGUAUCGGAGUAGCACCAAGGCCACGCUGUUGCGCCACAUGCGGGAGCGGCACUUCCGCCCAGCAGCAGCAGCAGCAGCUGGUAAGAAGGGACGUCUGCGGAAGUGGGGCACCUCGACCAAGACCCAGGAGGAAGAGGGGCCAGAGGAGGAAGACGAUGAUGACAUCAUAGAUGCCGGUGCCAUUGAUGAUCUGGAGGAGGACAGCGACUACAAUCCAGCCGAGGAUGAGCCCCGGGGCCGGCAGCUGCGGCCCCAGCGCCCGACUCCCAGUACACCAAGACCCCGAAGGAGACCUGGUCGGCCCCGGAAGCUGCCUCGCCUAGAGACCUUGGAUGUCCCAGAUGGUGUGGAAGGAGGGCCUCUGGUGAGCUCCCAGAGUGGACAGAGCCCUUCGGAGCCACAGGACCCCGAGGCGCCCAGCUCCUCAGGCCCAGGACGCCUGGUGGCCAUGGGCAAGGCCGACAGGGCCCCCGUGGACCCCGGUGUGAGCCAGUCAGAUGCAGACAACGCGGCACCCUCCUGCCAGGACGAGCCCGACGCCCCACCCCGCCGCCGGGGCCGACCCUCCAGGCGCUUCCUAGGCAAGAAAUACCGCAAGUAUUACUACAAGUCGCCCAAGCCGCUUCUGAGGCCCUUCCUGUGCCGCGUCUGCGGCUCCCGCUUCCUGUCCCACGAGGACCUACGCUUCCACGUCAACUCCCACGAGGCGGGAGACCCCCAGCUCUUCAAGUGCCUGCAGUGCAGCUAUCGCUCCCGCCGCUGGUCCUCGCUCAAGGAGCACAUGUUCAACCACGUGGGCAGCAAGCCCUACAAGUGUGACGAAUGCAGCUACACCAGCGUCUACCGGAAGGACGUCAUCCGGCACGCGGCCGUGCACAGGCGGGACCGGAAGAAAAGGCCGGAUCCGGCCCCGAAGCUGAGCUCCUUCCCCUGCCCUGUGUGUGGCCGUGUCUACCCCAUGCAGAAGAGACUCACGCAGCACAUGAAGACACACAGCACUGAGAAGCCCCAUAUGUGUGACAAGUGUGGAAAGUCCUUUAAGAAGCGCUACACCUUCAAGAUGCACCUGCUCACGCACAUCCAGGCCGUCGCCAACCGCAGGUUCAAGUGUGAGUUUUGUGAGUUUGUUUGUGAGGACAAGAAGGCGCUGCUGAACCACCAGCUGUCCCACGUCAGUGACAAGCCCUUCAAGUGCAGCUUUUGCCCCUAUCGCACCUUUCGUGAGGACUUUCUGCUGUCCCAUGUGGCCGUCAAGCACACAGGGGCCAAGCCCUUUGCCUGCGAGUACUGCCACUUCAGCACGCGGCACAAGAAGAAUCUGCGCCUGCACGUGCGGUGCCGACACGCCAGCAGCUUCGAGGAGUGGGGGCGGCGCCACCCCGAGGAGCCCCCCUCCCGCCGCCGCCCCUUCUUCUCGACGCAGCAGAUCGAGGAGCUGAAGCAGCAGCACAGUGCUGCCCCCGGACCACCCCCCAGCUCCGCAGGACCUCCCGAGAUGCCCCCAGAGGCAGCACCUUUCCAGUCACCUGAACCCCCCUCACUGCUCUGUUCUGACACGCUGGGUGGCGCCACCAUCAUCUACCAGCAAGGAGCUGAGGAGUCAACUGCGAUGGCCACGCAGACAGCCUUGGAUCUGCUGCUGAACAUGAGCGCUCAGCGGGAGCUGGGGGGCACAGCCCUGCAGGUGGCCGUGGUGAAGUCGGAGGAUGUGGAAGCACAGUUAGCCUCCCCUGCUGGGCAGCCCUCCUCAGCAGGUGCUCCACAAGUGGUCACCCUCCACGUGGCAGAGCCGGGGGGCAAUGUGGCAGCUGAAAGCCAGCUGGGCCCCCCUGACCUACGGCAGAUCACUCUGGCACCCGGUCCAUUUGGUGGGGCUGGCUACAGUGUCAUCACGGCACCCCCUGUGGAGGAGGGGACAUCAGCUCCUGGCACACCUUACAGCGAGGAGCCCCCAGGGGAGGCAGCCCAAGCAGUGGUUGUGAGCGACUCCCUGAAAGAAGGUGGCACCCACUACAUCAUGGCAGCUGAUGGGACCCAGCUGCACCACAUUGAACUGACUGCAGAUGGCUCCAUCUCCUUCCCAAGUCCAGAAACCCUGGCCUCCGGAGCCAAGUGGCCCCUGCUGCAGUGUGGGGGGCUGCCCAGAGACGGCCCUGAGCUUCCAUGUCCAGCUAGGACCCACCGGCUGGGGGACCCCCGGGGCUCUGCCUCCCCACCUCCUACAGCUAGCAAAGCCCUGGGCCGGGUAGUGUCCCCCUCGCCACCUUCUGCACCCACUGUAUUGUCCAAGAAGUUUUCCUGCAAGAUCUGCGCCGAGGCCUUCCCCGGCCGAGCUGAGAUGGAGAGCCACAAACGGGCCCACGCCGGGCCUACUGCCUUCAAGUGCCCCGACUGCCCCUUCAGCGCUCGCCAGUGGCCUGAAGUCCGGGCCCACAUGGCCCAGCACUCGAGCCUGCGGCCCCACCAGUGCAGCCAGUGUAGCUUCGCCUCCAAGAACAAGAAAGAUCUGCGACGGCACACGCUGACCCACACCAACGAGAAGCCUUUCGCAUGCCACCUCUGCGGGCAGCGUUUCAACCGGAAUGGGCACCUCAAGUUCCAUAUCCAGCGGCUGCACAGUCCUGAAGGCACAAAGGCAGGGAGCCCUACUGCCCGGGCCCCAGCCCGGACCCCCACCCAAACCAUCAUCCUGAACAGUGAUGACGAGACACUGGCCACACUGCACACCGCACUCCAGUCCAAUCACGGGGUCCUGGGCCCUGAGCGGCUACAGCAAGCACUGGGCCAGGAACACAUCAUCGUGGCCCAGGAGCAAACAGUGACCAAUCAGGAGGAAGCCACCUACAUCCAAGAGAUCACCACAGCAGACGGCCAGACAGUACAGCAUCUAGUGACCUCUGACAACCAGGUACAGUACAUAAUCUCCCAGGACGGCGUCCAGCACCUGCUCCCCCAGGAAUAUGUCGUGGUCCCAGAGGGCCAUCACAUCCAGGUACAAGAGGGCCAGAUCACACACAUCCAGUAUGAACAAGGAGCCCCGUUCCUUCAGGAGUCUCAGAUCCAGUAUGUGCCUGUGUCCCCAGGCCAGCAGCUGGUCACACAGGCCCAGCUUGAGGCUGCAGCACACUCAGCUGUCACAGCGGUGGCUGAUGCUGCCAUGGCCCAAGCCCAGGGCCUGUUUGGCACAGAGGAGGCAGUGCCUGAACACAUCCAGCAGCUGCAACACCAGGGCAUCGAGUACGACGUCAUCACUCUGGCUGAUGACUGAGCCCCAAGAGCGCAACGCAGACCGUGGAUAUUGGGGCCAGCCCUGCUGGGGGUGGGAGGGACCCCUCGGGACUCACCUCCCUGCUCCACCUAGGGUUUCCAGAUACUGGGCAGCCAGCAUCCUGUCACUCCAGGGGAGCCGGACCUGUGCUGCUGGGGUUAGGGGACAGCUAUGGGCCCCAGCCAGGACCUGCUGGGCGCCCCAGCCUGCAGGCAGGCUUUGGGAGAGAAAUUUAUUUUUGUUUGGAUGGACCCACUGGCCCCUCAGUCUCAAUAAAGGGACCAGAGUCCAGCCCUG